AUGAUUUGCAGCAAACGGUUACUCUUCUCUGCCUUUUCUCUUAUAAUUAUUCUCUCGACUUCCCAAGCGUCAUCGCCAUACUAUGAUACCAGCAGCAACCUGACUCACAAUUGUAACAUCAGUCCAAUGAUAGUGUGUGUGGAUAUCAUAGCCUUGAAUCAAACCCGCGCCUGUGUUCAUCCGCAUUGCUUGAUUUAUUCCGGAGGAAAUAUCAGCUCAUGCAUGUCAUCUUUAAUCGCAUCCAACCUGACCACAGGGAAUGGGACAAGCAAUAUAACAGGCAGUAAUAACAAUACUGCAAACGCAACUACCCAGACAUGCAAUGCAACAUGGGUUUAUCCAUCCAACAACAAAACGUUCUGUUACAAUGCCACAUCCUGGAACAAGACAGUUUGUAAUCAAAACAACGUCACUUGCAAGAUCAAUUCAACGCAGUGUUCAUUAAAUUCUGUCGUAUAUCUUGGUGGAUUCUUCAAUUUAAAAGACAAAGAUGGCUACGGUAACCUUCCUGCAGCAGAGUUGGCAAUAAAUCAGAUAAAUAAUGACAACAAAACUUUACCAAAUAUAACAUUGUCUCUGGUUGCCAAACAAUCUACACAGGUAAUAUUAUUCAAGAUAAUGCAUUUAAACGUAUUAGGUUCUUGGUGGCACAGAAGUGGGUUGUAUCGUUAUCCUAAAACUGUCUGUACCAGUGUGGGUAGUACCAAUGUGAAAAUUCUGUGCUGAGUGGUUAUAUUACUACCUUAAAAAAUAUUAAGCAGAAACUCGACGUUUCGAGCGAAGGCCCUUCGACGUUUCGAGCGAAGGCCCUUCGUCAAGAGCUACUAACUCUUGACGAAGGGCCUUCGCUCGAAACGUCGAGUUUCUGCUUAAUCUUUUUUAAGGUAGUAAUAUAACCACUCAGCACAGCAUUUUUGUAUGGUAAUAUGUUACAUGCAUAUGAGUUAGACUAGGCUAUUUGGGUUAGAGGUAGCGUUGUGAUUUGGGUUAGAGCUAGCGUUGUGAUUUGGGUGCAAUACAAGUUAAUGGGUUAACUAAACACUCGCAUAUGCAGAACGCCAGCGAGUUCCACUUGCCGUGUAAAAUCAUCUGGCGUGUAUACAGUAAGACAGAGUAAAAUAAUAAAGUAGGGCGCAUUACUAAAAUCACUACCACAACAUUACAACCCUACAGUUGCAAAGAACUUUCCUAGUUUGGCAAUCUGCAAAAGUAUUGAGGCAGCUGGUGCCUUCCUCUUCUACAGCCCAUCUCCAUACUUCCAUAGCAUGUACUAAAUGCUGAGAUGGUUUAAUAGUUCUAGUCUUGUUAUAAAUAAUUGGUGAUGGAUAUUUUUUGAAGGGUUUUGUAGAUGGAAAUUACCGAGAGAGUAAAUUUAUAUACAUUUCAUUAGACCUAACAAGAAACAGCUGUGAAAAACUAUAGAUGUGAAAAACUAUCACAGAGCUGCAGGUUUUAUUCCUGUCAGGGAUCUGUAGUUGCAUUUUUCGCAGCUGUUCCUGGUCAAGUCUAAUAAAUGUAUAUAAAUUUACCAUCGAUAAUUUCCAUCUACAAAAUCCUUCAACUUUUAUUGAAUCGAGUGAAAUACCAAAAAAAUCUUGAUGGAUAUUUUUAGAGUUUGCUCAGCUAUGGUACCCAGGUGUUGUACAACUAUCUUCACUCUGCUCCAACCAAGUUGAUGUUGUUGCUGCCUCAGGAAAACGACAUUGCAAGAACAGUUGCUGCUUAUGCUGGAUUAAAACAAUGGGGAACUUUACAGGUAAUAUAAUGAGUUAUAGAUACAGUAUAUGCAUGAGAGGACUGGAUCAAAAUGCAGGAACUUUAAAUCUAAUCCAGUCCGAACUGGAGGUUUUGAAAUGACAUCUCAUGCGAAUAAAUCAAUACCGGUACUUAAAGUGUGGUGAAUUAAUAAAAUUUCCUAGGACUGGAUCAAUAUACAGUACUUGAGGUAACCAGUAUUAUCAUGUGAGCGGGAUAGAGCAAUAUUGUUGGCUAAUAUAUACUCAUGAAUUAUUAAUGAGUUUGAGAUAACAUGAUAACAACCGGGGAGGGAGACAUGUGACACUGAUACUACCUUUGUUCUCCAGUUAAACCAAUUAAGACAGGAAUACCGAAGUUGCCACACUUUAAGCCAACAACCCGGUAUACGAAGCGAUAUAUUGUACAACAAUUGAACACAACUUGUUUUGUUUCAGUUUUCCUAUGGAACAAAGGACAACAGUCUGGCGUCAAAUAAGAAACUAUUUCCACGUUUCUUUCGUCUCAAUCCUCUCACAAUUACAUACAACCGCUUACGUGCAGAGUUCGUGAAGUCAUUCCCAAACUGGAGUCUUGAUGUUGGUCUGUUAUACUAUGCAGAUACGUAUUAUCGGGAGGUAGGAUUCAUUUUUGUUCAGAGUUACGUAAUAAUUAUUAAAAGUAAAUGUAUUGCACUUUAAAUUACAAAAAUCGAAAUUUCACAGAUUGCAAAAAAUCUAAGCUAUUUAAUUUAAGGACGUCGUAACACUACCCCUUAUACGGGAUGGAUGGAUUCGUUUUGCCCAAUAAAACUGCGUACUUAAUAGUUUUUAAUGUUUCGCUCAUUACAUAUGUUAAUAUACAAUCAGAAAAUAACGCAAUUACGAAUACCAUUAAACAAGCAGAAUUAUAUUUUACACAACGUGAUUCUUUUGUUGUUUUACCAUCAUACUUAUUUCAUGAUUAUACGAGAGAUCAAGAAUUAGAUUAUUUGAAAAAGAUGAACCCGUAUCACCCUCUAAUGCGUGUUUUCAUUCGAUUCACCUCAGCAAUAGAGGAAAAUGACCUCUGUGGAGGAAAGAAGGUACACAGUGCUUAUUUUUCGAUGCGUGUUCCUUCCUGAGGCCUAGCUGCCUUUCAUCCCAUGUAUUCAUGAGUUGCAACUUCAAAAGUAAUACCUCUGCAUGUUGUGAUUUAUGUCAGGUGAAUGAUGAUCUGAAUGAAAGAUUAAAAGCCAAAGGAAUUAAAGUUGUUGCAAAUGUUGGUUUCAAAUCGGACCCUGCUGAAGCACUUUAUAUAUUGAAGGUAAAAUCUCUCAUUACUCAACUUGCAUUACAACCAAAGUAAUAGCUUAGGGAAAACAUUUGUUUUCAUCAGCGCAAAUCACUGCAGCUUCAUUGCGUUCUGUUCGAUUUUAGAGGGGGGUGCGUUUGCUUUCAUAAAAAAAUAAAGUUAUAUUCUGUGGCAACCAUCCUAGCAAAAAUACACUUUGAGGCAUUUUGAUCACUGGAGUAUACGGCACAGUCUGGUGUUUGUGGAAGAAGCGUAAUCUUGAAUUUUACCGAAUAUUUUAUCGCUUCAUUUCAGGAAAAGAAUGCCCACAUAAUUCUGACAACUUUUCCUUACUGGUAUGGGAAGAAAAUGUUUUGUAAGGUAACUUACUGAUAUGCUCGAUUAAUAACUAAAUAAUAUGUUUACUAUACGUACAGUAUAUACUGUGUACCUCAGCGUCUAUAAGAACAAAACAGAUAAGAUAAGAUCACUUUAAUUAUGCCUCUCUGGGCAACUCAUGCAUAAUGAUAAAGAGUGAAAUCAGGCAGCUUUAGUUGUCACCUCUCCACAGCUGCAGUUGUCAAAUAUGUGAACGGUUUUUCCCACAUGACGAAAAGGUGCUAUACGUGUACUAAACAUAUAGAUAGAUCAUACACAACACAAAAAACGAAAUCCAAACUUAGUACCGUUGUUUUGAUACAUCUCUUUAAAUUAAAUCAACUUGAUUUACGGGAUUGGGGGGGGUAGUUUAAGUCACAGGGAAUGAAUUUUGGAUAUCUGAGACGGAAUUUCCUGCAUUGUAAAGGUACUUGGUUUUAAUUAAUCACUUUUUAACAAUGUCAAAAUAUUGAUUUCAGAAUACUUGACAAUUUAAUUCAGCGGGAGACAUAUUUACACAGAGCUCUAUAGAUGCGUGUAAGAUACGCAACACCGUAUGAUGACACUUUUCCACUCUCCUUCCUAAUUUUUCAUCGAAUUUGAACGAAUCUAAAACUACACUCUGUGAAACAUUGGCGGCGACUCCCGCCCAUAACUGCAUGCACAGUACGUAUAAAAUUCGGUCAGCGGCUAGUUUCCCCAUUCUGUCAACGAAAAAUGAAAAGUAUAAUUAUUUCCAUUUGUUUUAGGCAUUUCAGCUUGGCAUGUAUGGUCCACAUUACGUGUGGAUUACAUUCACUUUAUUGCCUUUCAAAUUUUGGACUCCAAACGCAAAUGACAAUCUCGAGUGUAGUGAAGAUGAAAUGACUUGUAUUGUUGAAAAUCAUUUCUCAUUUUAUGGAGCCUCAAUUUAUAGACCAAGCAAUCUACUCAAUAGUGAGGUCAGUGAUAGUUUGAAAUGGUGCCGGUAGCAAUGGUUCAAAACGCGAGCACUGUAGGAGAUUCAACUGCACACGUAACUUGUUAACAAGAUCUGAUCGCAACAGAAGCGUAAGCAAGCUUGUCAACAAGUUGUAAUAAUGCUGUUAUUUGUUGGAACAAUUUGUUACAAGUCUGUUGAAUUCAACAACCUUGUAGUAAGUUAUCAACAAGCCGUUGAUAACUUGUCAACAAGGUGGGAACCAGCAGUAUGAACACGUCCUAUUGACAAGUUGUUGGACAGCAUUGCUACAAGUCUGCUGCAGGUUUGUUGCAACUUGUGCGUUGUGUGUACCUGAACAAUACAAAAACGACAUUUCGAGCGAAGGUCCUUUGUGUAAAAGUUUCUUUACUGACUUCCAGACGUUGCAGUACUUUUUGCAUUUUUCAUGUAGUUGAAUCUUCUGCAUGUUCUCGCCAGGUACUCUCUCUUCGUUAAGUCACAAUAUUAGUAUCUGGAGUACUGGUGCUUGAGCGGUGACGUCACACGUCCUCACAUGCUUGACAACGACAGGCACUAGGAUGGAACAUAUUGUACAAUAUAUUACUGAAACGACAAUAUUCAAUCUUAGCGUGACAGUGUCAAUGCUUGACUGAGAUUGUAGUUUUGAUGAACUUUUAAUAUUAAAAUCUUACACUUUGGGAAGUGACAAAUCCUAACCAUUAUUGCUUUUGCAUAAGUCAAGUAAUGUAAUGUAGUGGGUGUAAAUGUGACAAAUUCAUUAAACUAUAAACUUAGGUAUAUAGAUUAUCAGACACACUGUAUAUAUUGUAUAUUAUCAACACUAAUUGAUCAACCAUGGAAUCACUACAAUCGAUACCAAGUAGUUUUCAUUUUAAACUUCUAGUCAAAUGUGACAUUCUCCCAGAUAUACAACGAUCUGGUGAACUCAAGCAAGAACAGAACAAGUGUAGCACCUUAUGCUUAUGAUGCGAUAUGGACUAUGGCAGACAUCUUAGAACGAGCUCGUCCUGUACUGGAGAAGAAAGGCAAAGUUUUAAAUAACUUGAGUUAUAGCGAGGAAACUGAAUUGCUGGAAAAACUCGCUUAUGAAACUGAUUUUAAUGGAGUUACAGUAAGAAAUACAGAUGAUUUUUCUUCUUAGAAUUUUAUAUUUUAAUCUUACUCUGUCCCUAAAAACAAAUGCAAGGACAGCCAAGGUCCAGGUUGGGCAGGAAAAUUUUGUGGUCUUGUUUUUGUUGUAUACAUUUCUCAAUACAACAAUACACGUCACAGAACAAACAAUUCUCGUUUAGGGUCGGGUCAGAUUUUAUGACAAUGGCAACCGAAAAUUUUCAAUGGACGUCCUUCAAGUUCGUAGAAGUAAGUAGAAUGAAACGUAUCAAUGUUGAUAUCUGCAUGUACAUAAUGACGAUAUUUCCAGCAUUGUUAAACUGAUAUCGAUGAUAUUGGUCCUUUUGAUUCUGUAGAUGGUGUUGGUUACUAUGCCGGAAGCUAUGACGAAGACAAAGAUCAUUAUGAUCAUAAAAACCAAAUUUUGUGGCAAGGAUUUAAAGAAUCCCAGGGUCAGUAAUAAUUUUGAGACUUAUAUUUAUACCGCAUUCCAACCUAGACGUAUCCUGGUUCCAGAGCUCUUAAUGAACCGCGAGGUAACGCCAAGACACUGGAAAAAUUGAAACACCAUACUGUGAAGAUUUUGUAGAAAUUACCUAAAAAAGUUUGGAAAUUAAAUUUCCAAUGUUUUGCACACUUCCAUAAUAUGGAAAUUUUCUAUGGAGUCUUAUUACCCUUGCUGUCAUCCCCCGCCCACAGCGUAUGGCCAUGAAAGAUUAUUUCUAGGUUAACCGUGAAAUUGUAAUGACAGUGUUUUUAGAAUGUACAAACGUCUUCAUUCAUAGGAGGAUGGCCAUACCAAAGAACAACUACCACGUCCAAAUGGCGAUACAUUGAACUUGGUCUCUUCAUUGCGUGGUGUGUCCUGGCAGCUCUAGGAAUGAUCUACGCUAUCUUCUGCUUGGCGUUUGUCAUUAUAUAUCGAAGAGAAAGGUAAAGAUACUGAUUGGGUGAAUAAAUCAAAUAUUAAACUCUGCGAAAUUUAAUAUAUGUUUGUUUGGUGACAUUCUAGUCGAUUUAUUAUACUGUGCUCAGAACUCUUUAAAGAGAUUGGAGCUGCUUUCUGGAAAGCUACUGUACAUGCCAAAAAAAAUUUUGACUAUCGAGAUUAACGCCCGUAUUCUAAAAGCACACUCAAACUCAAUGAGUGGAGGUUCAAUCUAAGCUUCUCUUGCGUGUCAAUGCUGUUUUUAAAUAGCCGAAGGGUUAGUAUCCUACCUUACUAUGUGACUACUCACCCUCCAGCUAUUAAAAAACAGCAUUGACACUCAAGAGAAGCUUAGAUUGAACCUCCACUCAUUGAGUUUCAGUGUGAGUGAGCUUUUAGAAUAUAUAUACGGGCGUAAGUCUUGGUGACACGUAUUGUACCUUAGGAAGUCCGUACGACUUAGCAGCAGUCGUUAUGCAAUUCACAAAUUGCUCUUCAUUCAUGCAAGAAACGUUCUCUGCAUACUUAAAUAUUUGUUGUUUUGUACAUCAGGUCAAUCAAGUACUCCUCUCCUACGAUCAACAUGUUCAUAAUUCUUGGUUGUUUGCUCAACUUUGUCGCUGUCGUAUUGUAUGGAGUAGAUUAUCAACGAGCAAAUGAAUCGAGAAUGACCAUCAUAUGUAAGGUAUGUUAUUGCAGGAACAAUAGCUAUUCAAAACUAUGGCCCAAGGCUUCACAGUAAUUUUAAAAUAUAAAUGAAAAAUACUUUUAUUAAUUCGGAAAUGUUGCUGAAUAGUUUCUCCACGUUUUUAAUUUCUUCUCCUGUUUUCAUAAUCCUGGAAAGCCACACAGUUGUCUGUAGAGGAAUGUGAUGUUUUCAUAAUCCUGGAAAGCCACACAGUUGUCUGUAGAGGAAUGUGAUGUUUUCAUAAUCCUGGAAAGCCAUACAGUUGUCUGUAGAGGAAUGUGAAUGUUUCCCAGGGCAGCGAGAAUAGAGGCAGGUUCGAUUCCUGCCAAUAACUAGUUUUAUUUUUCGCCAUCUCUCUUGGUUUAAUGUAUAAAAUUCACACUCGAAAUUUGCAUCUACAAAACUCAUCUGCAAAUAAACAUUUUAAACCAUAUCCGCUCAGAUACUGAGACACCCACUCAGUGACCAUUACUGUUUUAAUAUCUCAUUACUUUUCAACUUAGUGUAGAAUUCUCGAGAAUGAGAAAAGAAUUCUCUUGAGAGUGCUGACACCCGCUUGCCAACUCUAGUGUUUCAUGAUCGUUUCGUAAGUGUAAAUGUCCAUUGAAAGGUUUUUCAACUUGAUGAUUGCAGGCUCGUGUUUGGAUAUUCUCUCUUGGUUUUACGUUUUGCAUUGGAGGAUUAUGGGUGAAAGUGUGGACAUUAUAUCAAAUUUUGAUUGAAAGGAAAGUUUAUAGAAAGGUAAUUUGAAUCGACGGGGGGGGGGGGGGGACUUCUAAUCCCCAGAACAAAAUUCUAUUUUCAGGGUCUGCGAAACACUAUUUCAUGCAUUUUAGACACGUUUUAUGAUCAUCUGAAAGCCUCAGAAAUUUGGUAUAUUUCAUCAGCGUCAUAGCUAAAAACAUUAAGAGGCUGCGCCCACCAGUUUCUCCUCAAUUUUGAAAGAAUUGAAGAAGGGGGUCCGGACCCCCAUCCCCCCGUGGCUAUACACUUCUGGGCAUUGCCUAUUAGAUAAUUAGAGAAAUUUGUGGCACCUAUCUGACACAACAAAAUGUUCAACGUUUUUGACAUAUGUAAUAUAUACUGUACGUGAAGAGGCAGUUUAUAGAAUUUUUGAAAAUUGCCACAUGACAAUGUAUGUGUGUUUUACAACCGAAACUUAUACCAAGCUGUUUCGUUGGUAUAUAAAUAUAUUUCUUAGAAUUAACAAACUGAUAAUGCAACUGUAUAUUUCAGAGAAAGAUGGAAUAUUGGAUGUUUGGUAUCGUCAUGGUAUUUUUUGUAAUUGACGUUAUUUAUUUAACAAUAUGGACCGUCAUUGAUGGACUGUAUCGAAGUUUCGAAACUGUCACAGAUCAACCUGAAUAUCAGUGUUUCCAGGUGAGAUUUAUAACUUUCUUUCUUAAAGACCAUGUCAAGUCCCUAAUGUAAACAAAUCCUUUGUCUACAUUUUGAACUGCUAUAUUUGUAAAAUAAGACAUACUUAACUGAAUAUCUAACACUUUUCUGGUUCACAAUUGUAAAUGAAUAUAAACUAGAGUACGUUUCAAUUCAAAAAAGUUCGAAAGAUGCAAAUUUGAGUAAUGUUUAUAUCUGUGGGUCCCCAUUUGUUAUGAGCAGAACUGAUGCGCAGAACGGACUUGACAUGGUCUUUGAAAUAAACAGAGUGUUGUUGACACUAUGCUUUGUGUAUGGCGCUAAAGGGGGGGGGGGGGGGGGGGGGGGGGGGGGUGCGGGUAUAACACCCCCAGUCGUCAGGUAGUCGGCAAAAUAUCGAAUCCCAGUCUGCAAAACAUGAAUUUGGAUAGGAAGAAAAAAUAUUUGAUUGACACCGAUUAACAAUUAAGAAUGAUAGCUAAAUUGUGGGGAAAUGAACGAAAGAAAUUAGGGAAAAUUGGAACGAAGAACGAUGGUUAAACACAAAAUAAGAUUGAGAAGAGGUCUCGCCUCUAUGACUGGCCUUCGAUUAUUGUUGUAUUUCCAAUAAGAAUCGUAGCCAUGGGAAGAAUGGGGGUUCGUUCGCCACUUUUCUUCAAGAUCAAUUUUGUAAUUCUUUCAAAACUGAGAAGAAACUGGGUGCGGGGUAGUAACCUAUUAACGUUUUCAUCUACAACAUGAAAUAUAUCAAAUCUGUGGCUUUUAGAUUAUUAUAAAACGUGUCUAAAAUGCAUGAAAUAGCUUUUCGCAGACCUUAAAAGUAGAAAAAAAAGUCCAUCGUCCCCCGGCCGGCCAGACGAUUACACAUAUCUGGGGCUGGCUACGCCCCUGUUUCCAUAUCGCCUCACUCGCAUGGGAGCGCUUCUGUGAAACAGGCAAACACCGCAGGUUUUGAAUGGAUCUUAAUGUAUUUCUAGGCGCCGCCGCCCCAGUCUGGUUUGCGAUGUUGGGCUCCGGCAGCGAACAUGUAAUGAUUUUUUAAAACAUCUCAAAAAGGGGCACCUUUGCCCCCAUGUAGUGACACAACCAUAGUGACAACUGUCAUGUAUAAAUAAAUCAGUUGAGAUUAGUUUUCCUCUUGUACUAACACUGCGCCAAGACAGAGAGGAGCUUACUAGUACGAAUAAAGAUUUUGUAGCAAUAAAUCGUGUCAAAUCUUUUUGGUUAUCUUGUAUUUUAGAAGUUAUCUGGUAAUCCGUUUAUCGCGACAAUCUGGUACAUCGAGAUCUGUGAUUGUGAGAACCUGGCUCUGUGGUCGGCUAUCUUCUUAACGUACAAAAUUCUAAUCUUGUUAUUUGGUGCUUACAUGUCAUGGAAAGUGCGCAAAGUUUACACUCGUAAGCUCGUGGAUGCUCAAUAUUGUGCGACAUUACUGCUUCUUGCUGUCCCGUGCUGUGUUCUUGCUUUGAUAUUCGCCUACACAUUAAGAUUGCAUCCAACGCCACAUUACGGCAUGCUGGGAAUUAUCAUCAUUAUCUAUACCUACAUCGUGCUUGGAUUCCUGUAUGGACACAAGGUACGUCGACAACUACUGUACAUCUUGGCCGCCGAGAGGGGGGGGGGGGCAAGGGAGCUCCGCUCGCUUUGCCCCUGGUCCCCAGCUCAAACGCAAUGAAGGUCCUUAAAAGCCCCCAAAGCAAUGAAGGUCCUUAAAAUUUCUUGAUACAAAAUUGCUUAACUGAGAAGUGAAUCCUAGCUGCGUUAGUACUGGAUACUAAAGUGUAAUAUACAGUACUGUAUGUGAAACACGGCUUCUCCUAUUUUACAAUUAUGAUGUCAUAGGGCCGCCCUGGGAAAGUUUUGCCCCUACUCCUGCACAACUUCUCGGCCGCCCUGUCAUUACUGAUAAAUGGUCUCACAUAAAAUCAUUGUCAAUCAUAGUAUACAACUGAUAGAGCUAUCUAGCAAAGAUCAGGGCAUCCACACUGGACAGAACUAAUUGUUGAAGCGUUUGUUGAAUGGUGAUUUCGACACUCGAACUUUUCAACCCAAUUCACACUCGACAUUUUCCAUCUACAAUCCUUGAACAAUAGUCAUAUUUAAUAAAGGUAAAGUUAGUGUAGUUUUAAUGUUCCGUUGAUUUCUAAUUUCUGAUUGAUGUUUUGUUUUUAGAUAAUAAAUAUCUUCUGCUGUCCUCGCAACAUGAUCAAAGUGCGCAGUAAAGAUGACAGUGGGAAUACGAAAUGUUGCUCUGGUGUUAUUGCGGCAUGUUGUGCUCCUAUAGCUGCAUGUUUGGCAGCAGGAUGUUGCUGUAUAUGUUAUCCACUGAGCUGCUGCAAGGUACUAUGGGACGCCUUACUACGUGGACCAAGGAAAGACCGCGGAUCGUUUGUAAAGCAGAAUGAAAAGCUGGAUUAUCAGAUUGGCGAUAUGCCUGCUGAUAGAGAGAGACAGAUCAUUAUUUUGCAAAAGGAAGUAGAGAAGGUACUUUAAGAUAUUUUUUUAAAAUAGUAUUCUGUAUAUUACCAGGCCACUCCAAAUUAGACUUUAGUUUCCCGUCCGCCGCCCUCGUCUCCAAGAAGAGACCGUGUUGUUUUGUAACCUUUUGGGAUUGCGCACAGAAAAUAUUUAAAUGAUGACUUCUUACGACCAUUAUUGAUAUUAAAAUCCUGAUCUCUGGAAUAUGGAAAUAUAAUUAUAAAAUAUAAUUAUAAAAGAUUUGCUCAUUUUUUGUUGCCAUGAUCUCAAGCUAUGACUUAUAAAAAUGUUUAUUGUAGUGAAUACUGCAAGCAUUCUUUACAUUGGCCUAUCCUGAUUUCAGAUGAUGACAGAAUUAUAGCAUUACGUUUUUGUAUUCAUGAUAAUGAAUAAUGAAAAUAGACGCCCCCCCCCAUGAAUUUGACUGCACGGAAACAAAAGGUUUUUGUCCACGUGGCAUUCGCCAGUCAAUUGAAUAUUUCUUUUCUUUCCACCCUGGUCUUCAGCAAGAAGUAGAGUUGCUCAUCCGGAGUUUCUAAUGAGAUAACCAUUCCUCAUCUUCAGAAAAGGUCAAAUAGACUCAUACGGAAACCUGUAGUAUUAGCAUUUCUAUAGCGCAAAUUCACAUGUGAAUAUGAUCGUUGACUGACUAUGGAACCCACAAUCUCAGAGGUGAAAGGCGCUGACGACUGCGCCACCGAAGCCUCAUUAUUACCAAUAAACUCAUGGUUCUACUACAUGAUCUCUGGAUAAGUUCUAGAUAAAUGCGGCAAAGAAAAAAUCAUUAUUACCAAUAAACUCAUGGUUCUACUACAUGAUCUCUGGAUAAGUUCUAGAUAAAUGCGGCAAAGAAAAAAGUCAAUCCUGUCUUUUUUUGGAUUACAAUCUUAGGUGUCGCAACGCAUUUCUCGGAAAGUAUUUCUCGAAAAAGGGAACUUAAUUAUUAUUUUUUGUUAUAUUGUAGCGAGAAGAAGAGUUGAAGCGGUUACGUCGUAAUCAUCGAGCAACUUUGGCCGCAAAAGAAACACAGACGAUGGAUUACUUUCAUACAAAUGGCGGCGGUCACUUUGAAUCCUCUGAUGGUCCAGGUCAUGUUAACGAUGGUUUUAUGGAAGAGAACAACGACAAUAAACGCGGCACUGGUAGACAGAAUUUUAAUCGUUUUAAAGUGUAUCACAGAAAGUUAGAUUUCUCUCAUGUUGGGAGCAAGGUAUGUAUCAAGUGUCCGGGGGUAUAUUUCUUUUUCCUAUUUGUCAUUACCAUUCCUAAUGUACUGUUUGGGUUUAUAAAACCAAAACUCCAGGGGACGGUUGUUCAAAGCUGGAUUAGUGCCAAACCUGGGUUAAAAUUUAACCUGCAGACGUGCUGUUUUGAUUCAUGUAUUCCCCUGCGCGUUGUUUAUUUCAAAACUUCAGAGAAGAAAACCCCUACUAACCCAGACAAUAUUUCUGAAGAAAUAUUUCCAAAUUUUUAAACAAGUUGUUAGGAAGUUUGCUUAGAAUUGCAAGUUAACCACAUAGGGUAAAGCUAAUUGACUUCGGACUAGUCCCAGAUCGCAGCUCUGUAACGUAGUCCUUUUUAUGCAGACAUUAACCCAAAUGAAUCGAUGUUUGUAGGUCGACAGUGGACUAGAGAACAGAAAUCCCAACAAAAGAGAUGGCUUUCCCGUUUCAGAAAGUGGCUGUGAUGAACCACGGCGUGGAUCUGAUGAUUCAGAGAUCUUAUUGCUUCAAAAAACCCUAUCUGAUGUGAGUAUAUACCGGCGAAUACAUUUAUAUAAUUGCAUAAUCAACGAUAUACGAUAUGUCAAUUUACUUUCUCAAAAAGUGUUCAUCUGAGUUUAAAAUCUCAAUGUUGAAGGGUUUUGUAGAGGAAAAUUCCGAGUGUAAAUUUUAUACAUUUAUUAGACCUAACCCCUCUGGCAGGAAUCAAACCUGCGGCCCUUAUAUUGGCAUCACUUUAGUAUUUAUACAAGAACGUGUGGUUAGAGCUCGACAACUGUCUAUCUGUAGCUCAGUUGGUUAGAGCGCUGCAUCGGAAUCGCAGGCCGCAGCUUCAACUCCUGCCAGAUGACCUAUAGUUUCCAUCAACAAUUAGUUUUAUCGAGUGAGAUGCCCCAAAUCCUGAUAUUUACCCAUAAAUCUUAAAUCUCACAAUUAUAUUUCAGCGUGAUAAAGAGCUGGCUCAACUCAGAGCGUAUCUUGGUAUGGAGCCGUCUUCAAGUACUGAGUUGUCAAGUAAAAUUGGAAACUUGGCCAGUAUUGGAGAGGUAGAGCCAGGUUUUACAUUUUUAGUCAUAUUUUAAUCACAACUGUGUAGGUGUAUUUUUUCUGGCUGGUAAAACACCCUGCAGUCUUGAUAAUAGAGGGAUUCAGAUUUCACUUCCACUACUUAAGGGACCAUUAACCAAUCAGAUGCGUUUGAUAUAUCCGAUUAACCAACAGAUACGUACUAAGCUAGUGAGAGGAAGCGGUGGUGGAAGUCAAAUCUAAACCUCUCUAAUAUCUUCAACUUUGUGUUUAAAUCAUUAUAAAAACUUUAUUUGGCUUGACAGAGUUAAGAUUAUGUUCACGUUGCGGCUACGAUGGCACGAAAUAAAACUGACCAAUUUGGGAAAGGGACACAAACUAAAUAGGCACUUCUACGUUUCCACUUUUGCAGUAUUACAAUAAAGAUUUGUGAGGAUUAAGAAUAAACGAAUUUCUUAAUUUUGUUUAGGAACGGGACUUGCAUACACCCACUGAGAGUGAAGCUCCGAACAGAAAUGUUAGUUCUGUUGCCAUAACGAUACGAAGCAGUGAUUCCGAUGGAGACAGCAAACAAACAGGAAGUGACACCAGCAAUGAUGAAGUUCCUUCUGAUGUCAACGAGCAAACUGUGGAAUUACUUGGAGAGACCAAGACGGCAGCGGAUCAGGAGGUACAAAUGGGGAUAUCCCCAGAUCCACAACCAGCAGAACAGGAAGUACCAGAAAGUUCUGGCGUGGAAAAUAACCAGGAAGAAAAAAAGAAAGCAAAGUCAAAAGUUCUGAGUUCUGCUUACGGUGGCUCCCUGGCUUAUGUCUCACAUUAUAAUGCUAAAGGUAGUGGUGGAAAGUUCAAGAAGAAAGUUCGACAGUUGAAUUCAUUUGGUAUAUUUGCAAGAAAACCUACGAGUGACGAUAAUACACCUAACGUUCAAACUAAUAACACCAGCAGUGUUCCUGCUGUAAACAUAGAUCAAACAUCCAAUGACAGUCAAGCGAAUCUUGGUAACAGAGAUAAGGUGACACUUGGUGAAAAAUCUAAAAAUGACGUGGACGUAGACAACCCAAAAAAUAACACUUCUGGUGAUAAUGGUCAAAAAUCCAAAAGUAAUGUUAAGAUAUUUAAUGCACCAACGAACUGGGCACACGUGAAGUCUCGUCUCUUUGAUGCAAACACUCAAAACACGCUUAAGGCUUCACCAAACACUCAAAACACGCUUAAGGCUUCACCAAACACGAGACGAAAGUCUAAAGUUGGAGUUGACGAUGAUGGUGACCAGAAGACUGGCGAUGAUGAGAAAAUCAGAAAUGCUGUGAAAAUCUUCAACUCUCCGUCUGAUUACUCUCGUGUGAAAUCUCGUUUGUUUGAUCCUAACGCCAGUGGAAGUCAAACAUAUCUCAAACCUUCACCAAACACAAGACGAAGAUCUAAAGUUGGUAUUGAAGAUGAUGGUGAUGUCAAACCCGGAGAAAACACUUCUGCUGAAGGAGAAAAACGAAAUGGCGUGAAGAUUUUUAACUCAUCAUCAGAUUAUUCUCAUGUUAAAUCACGUUUAUUUGAUGCCAAUGCAAAUCAAGUUAAUUCUGAGAAUCUACUCAAACCAUCACCAAACGUUCGUAGAAAAUCUAAAGUCGGCAUUGAGGAUGAUGGAGAUAUCAGCAGUGAUGAAUUAUCAGGAAGGCGAGGAAGUGUGAAGAUUUUUAACGCUUCAUCGGAUUAUUCUCACGUGAAGUCAAGAUUGUUUGAUGAUGGCUCAUCUAGCAGACGGUCGUCUCAAGUCAACUCACAAGAUCUUGACGCAGUAAAUGGAACUGAACCAGGGCAAGGCAAGGAGAAUCAAGUUUCCAAAAGCCGCACUGAUGUCAAGAUAUUUAACGCUCCAUCUGAUUACUCUCAUGUCAAAUCGCGUCUUAAUGAUUCCUCAAAUAAAGCUGAGAAUAAAUUUAAGAGUAAAGUUCAAGAAAUAAGUGCAUUUGACGCACUCAAGAAUAAAAGUACGAAUGUGAGUGAAGAGGGGAACACGGACAACAAGGAAACUUCCACUACUGUUUGA